AUGGCGAGCCCGUCGUCCAUAACGGUGCCAGAGGCUCUGCAGGGAUCAGAGCCCCUCUUGACUCGGCAAUUUCAAGUUAUCCACGGCGAAAACCCCAAAGAAUUCACGCGCAAACUCAUCGCCAAGUUCGGCAAGCGGUAUAUCGAUCUCGUAAAACAAUACGGCGCAGUCGAGUAUGUUACGGACGAUUCUGGCGAGAUUGUGGAUAUCGUUGCGGCCGAAGAAUACCUCGCCGAGUCAGACGAAUUUGCCAUUGAGCGGUUUCGGAUUGGCGCACACGAUUCACGCCGCUACGGUAUAACGGCGGGCGCACUCGCUCGACUGGCUGACGCCGAGGCUCAGUUCUACGCGAUCCAAUACGACCAGUUGCGAUGCAAUCCAUCAUUCCUACGCGAACAAAUCGAAGAAGCAGCACUCCAUCGCCCAGAACUCUUCCCCGACGCGCAUGGAAGGGCGCCCAAAGUCGCGACACUCCUCGCGAACCCGCGCUUCGUCGGCCAGCUCUGCAGGUUUACGAUCCACAAUCUCCUGGGCCAUCUGGGAAUAUGGAAUAUACUUGGGAAGUACCUUGCAGAUAUUCAAGAGCUGGACGAGCGAAAGGGGCGCUUCGGCGCGCCGAAGAGGAGGGGCGAGCUGAUGGGGUACGUGAAAUUUAUGGUCGAAGGGGAGAUGGAGGUCGUAGAGAAACGAGUGAGGCAUGGGCUCUUGGUCCACACUCUGGACAAGGGCAUUUGGCUGCGAGAGAAGAAUCAUCCCGACUUCACUGGCGCGGUGUUGGGGCAACAUCCGGACAAGCUGGAGGAUUUCAUCACGGCAUUUUCUGCCGACACGCUUGACGGCUCCUUUGUGCGAUUCAUCGCCCCUGACCUGGCCUCCUCCAUAUUAAAGUGGACCACAAGGCAACGUCGCGGCGAUUUGUUCCAAAGGCUGGCGAAAGAGCCUGCGCGAUGGCAAACCUUUGACCCCUUCCUCGCUGAGCAGCUAACCCAGCUCAAGCGAUUGAUAGACUUUUCAGAAAUGCUCGGCUAUCCAGAUGAAGGCACGAUACCCCUUGAUGCUCGGUACAACGGCUUCGCCCUUUCUCUACGACAAUCCGAGGUUACCUUCAGGUCCAUCGACCUCGAACGACACAUCAAGGAUAUUGCGUCGUUGGAGAACCAAAGCUCGUUCGCGAGAUUGUGGGAAGACGUCGAUGCCGCGUUCGAGCGUAAGCAUCAGGGAACACCUGAGAGCUCCAUAGGAUUCGUACAGCCUGCGCCGAAAUGGUAUAUCCCUGAGGAAGCGCCUCGAGUAGCAGCACCACCCCCCAAACCUGCGAAGCCAAAGCCACUCGCUGCGCCUGGGCCCCCGCCACCCCCUACGAAAGUGCGACCGCCAUCUCCUGCUCCAGCCGACGUAAAGCCAUACUGGGAUAAAAGCGCUGUCCUUAACCCCAUCCCCCCCGCUGGUGAAGUUUUUCCCAAAAAAGGCGGCAAAGGGAAGAAAAGUCGACGGGCACAGGCGCCUAUCCCCUACAUCGACCGAGAACCAGAAACGAUCCCAGCGCCGCUCGACGACAAGGAGGGACUGACCCUCUCCUGCGGCAUAAUUGGCCUUCAGAUUGAUAAUGCGGAAGCGCAACCAAAACAGAAGCUGCCUGUGUUCUUCGUAUCGAAGAAGGCGUACGAUGUAUUUGAGAUGAUAUUGGGGGGACACAAGGGACAAUUGAACUUCGAUGAUUUAAAAUCCGCGCUGAAGCAGAUAGGCUUUCGAUACGCUAACGGCGAUGGCUCGAGAGCCGUCUUCUAUCCUCCAGCGUCCCAUAUCAACAUUCCGUACUUUGUUCAUUUGCCUCAUGGAUCGCGAUCGACCCUUGACCAUACGCGUCUAAAGAUCUGCGCGAAGUACUGGAAGACCACGUACGGAUGGACGAUCGACUGGUUCGCGUUGAAAUCCGCCGCCCCAGCGUGA